AUUAUAUUGCGAUCCGCUGACCAACUCUGAUUUUGGAAUUAGUUGUUCUUGAGCUGAUCAGCGUGCGGUUGUGCUAUGGAUAUAUCUAGAUAUUUGCUGCUGUGUUUUGGAGUUAUUUCCAUGUCCAAUGUUGUGUUUACGAUCUGUAUUCCGCCUGAUAACUGCAUAGAAGAUAUGGAGGACAACGAUGCCAAAGAGCGUUUCGAGUACGUACUGGGCAAAUACGAGGAGCUGGAAAUGAAAAUUCCCGGUAAACCAGUUGGUUUGCAUGGAAAAGUGGUUACGCAUGGCGAGGCGGAGGAGCAGUAUUUGGUUUUCCAGUACAUGGACAAUACGCUGCAUGACAUCAUCCAGACGUGUGCAUUUGUGGUCAAGCGGACUCCCGGCGAGUGUGAGAACAUUAGUACAUAUUGCUCGGCUUUUCUGAGCCGCCUGCCACGACCCUUGCUAGAGCGAAAACCCAUUGCCGUUUGCGAUGAUGGGGUACGGGUGGCGGAGGAGGAACCAGAAACGGAAGCGGAAGACAAUCCGGAUGCAGAUGCUCAGGCGGAUGCAGAUCCGCAGCAGGAGCAGGGAAAUGGUCAGCCGGAGACCACAACACCGGAGCCGGCCAACUCCAAGUUGAGUGAGUUUUACUAACGAGAAUGGAUUAUCCCGCAUCUGCAUUUGACUUAAAACAAACAAUUUAAAUUAAGUGCACAAAGUGGUUGAGAUUAUUUGGCUUAGCACAUAAUUGGUUUUUAUGUUAAGUUUUUAUUCAGC